CGAUCGGUGCUCAACGAAAUAAACGGAUUUUUUUACAUUUCGCACGGAUUUUCCACGGACUAUUGAAAAAAAUGUACGGAUAAAUUCAAACUGACGACCAUUUUUUCCGUUUUUCGUCGAAUGUACAGAUUUGGGCGGCUUAUACAAUCUGACAACUUUGGUCGGAAAAAGGAGAAAAAGAGUCAAAAAUCAACAGCAACAGAACCUGCUAAAUGUCACGUAUACACAUCUAUGGACUUGUUUCAUUUAAUUCCGUGAUAUCAUUUUGAUACGUUUGAUAAAAGUAGUGGCUGUUAUUGAAUGUGCCUAUUCUAAAGAUUACAUCAGUAAAGAAUAAGUUUUAUAUGUGUGUAAUUAGAAAUACUAGUUGUAAAUAUUAUAAUUGCAAUAUGGUCUUCCGAGUGUUUCGAACAAACAUUCGAAUCCUUAACUGGUUAGCAGACAAACGAGGAAAACGAAUCCUAGGUGCCGUUGGAACCGUAAUUGCAGGUGGAACAAUAGCUACCUACUUCCAGCAUAAUGAGGCUCACAUGGCUCGUAAUUUGCAAAGUUCGAGAUUCAUGGCCGAACCUAUCAAUGCCAAAAGAUCCAUGUUGGGGUCAAACGAUAUGAAAGUACGAAUGGAACUGCUCAUUCUGAAAAUACAAGCUGAUUUUUGUCACGCCCUUGAAAAUGAGGAAAACUUCGGGAAAAAGUUUAUAGUAGACCGAUGGGAACGGAAAGAGGGUGGUGGAGGUAUAACCUGUGUCCUCCAAGAUGGGGAUGUAUUUGAAAAGGCCGGUGUCAACAUUUCUGUUGUGCACGGCAAAUUACCUCCAGGUGCAAUCCAACAAAUGCGUUCAAGGGGUAAAAAGCUGGCUGAUGGAGAGUUGCCAUUCUUUGCCGCUGGAGUCAGUGCGGUAAUUCAUCCGCGAAAUCCAUUGGUUCCGACCAUCCAUUUCAAUUACCGCUACUUUGAGGUAACCGAUUCCGAAGGAAACAAACAGUGGUGGUUUGGAGGAGGGACUGAUUUGACCCCUUACUAUCUCAAUGAAGAAGAUGCAAUUCAUUUCCAUCGAACGCUCAAGGAAGCGUGUGACGAACACGAUGAAACCUAUUAUCCCAAGUUUAAAGAAUGGUGUGACAAAUAUUUCUUUAUUCCCCAUCGCAACGAGUCACGCGGGAUUGGCGGUAUCUUCUUUGACGAUCUAGACAUGCCCGAUCAGGAAAGCGCAUUUAAUUUUGUUUCCAGCUGUGCGCAUUCGGUCGUGCCGUCAUAUUUGCCCUUGGUUAGAAAGCAUAAAAAUGCCGACUAUGGCGACCGUGAACGUCAAUGGCAACUUCUAAGAAGAGGUCGUUACGUGGAAUUCAAUCUUAUCUAUGAUCGAGGAACUAAAUUCGGCCUGUAUACUCCAGGAGCACGUUACGAAAGUAUUUUGAUGUCGUUGCCUCUCAUUGCGCGCUGGGAGUACAUGCACCAACCGAAUCCGGAAAGUAGGGAAGGUGAAAUUAUCAGCGUUCUAAAAAGUCCAAGAGACUGGCUCCAGUUGGUUAAAAAACAAUGAAACGCAUUUAUUACCGUUCGUAUUUUCAUACAAAUCUUUCUAAUAAAAGUUUCACUUUAGAAGGUUCA